CAAGGCGCGCACGCGCCUUCUUCCUCCGAGGCAGCCAAUGAGGAGCGAUGAGCCGAGGCCAGUGUUGUGGUCACGUGGGGCGUGUGUGUGUAGCCGAGGCGCCCGCGGCUCUUACACUCCGGCGGGCUCUUCAUCCAUCCGCUCGCCUCGCGGAGCUACACUUCCUUCGCUCCCUCCCUCCCGAUCCCUCGGCCUUGGUGGGGGUCAUGCCGUUGGUGCGCUACCGGAAGGUCGUGAUCCUGGGAUACCGCUCCGUGGGUAAAACAUCCCUUGCUCACCAGUUCAUUGAUGGGACAUUUCUGGACUGUUAUGAUCCCACAGUGGAAAGCACUUACACCAAAAUGUUGAUGGUGGGCAAAGAUGAAUUUCACCUGCAGCUAGUAGAUACAGCAGGACAGGAUGAAUAUACUAUUUUGCCUCAUUCAUUUACCAUCGGCAUCCAUGGCUACGUACUGGUGUAUUCUGUCACAUCUCUCAAGAGUUUUCAGGUGGUAAAGUCUUUGCAUAGCAAAUUAUAUGAAAGCAGAGGGAAGACAAGGAUGCCUGUAGUGCUUGUUGGCAAUAAAGCUGAUUUAUCUCUAGAAAGCCGGCAGGUGAAGACCGAUGAAGGAAGGAAACUUGCUGAUUCCUGGGGUGCUGUUUUUUUGGAAUCUUCUGCAAAAGAAAAGCAGAUGACUCAAGGUAUUUUCACAAAGGUUAUUGAGGAGAUUGAUCGUGUGGACAACUCAUGUGGUGAACAUCGCAGUUGCAUUCUCAUGUGAUGUCUCCUUUCUCCAUCUGAAGCCACUCUGCAAGUGUAAGGGGUCUGUCCGGAGACUCAGCCCAACUCGGGAGAGGCAUUAGAGCUACCUGGAGUCCCCAACAAUGGGUCUGAAGUAGCGUACGGGUAAUCCACACACAGAAACAAAUAUAUACCUCAUUGAUCACCCCCUUGAGCAGGGGGCGGCCAUGUUUUGCACAUUAGUUUGCUAGAUGCAAUCUCUGUGUGUGUAUACACACACAUAUAUGUCUUGCCAAAUGUUUACAGAACUAGGAGGUCAGAAGCACAAUAAGUUGUAUUUAUGUCUUUUUUAUGAAGGGACUUUUCUGUAUAUUUAUAGCAAAGUAUAAACCAUACACAUACAACUUUAAACACAUAUUUGUUUACAUCAAGACAGUCAAGUGUAACGUUUUCCUUCUGUGGAAUCCACUGAGAGCUAGAUCUUUGGAUUGUACUUCAUUUUCAGUGGCAACUUGCAAUGUAGUCCCAAAUAGGCAGUUAUUUUUUUCAGUUGUGCUUUUGACAACCUGCUUUCUUUUCUUUUUUUGGCAAGUAUGGUCUUGAUCCAAAAUUUGAUUCCCUCCCCCUCCCAUUUAUGUUUCCAUAGUAAUUUCAGGAGGUCUGAAAUGGCUGAUGGAUCAGCAAGGCCUAAUAAUCUUUUCUUUGGUUAUGCAAGUAAAAGCAACCUUCUUCAAGAGGCGAAUGGAGAAAAAACUUUUACCUGGUAACUCUUGGUGUGCUGAUGAUUUUCCAGAUUUUGUAUUAGUUUGUUAUAGUAAAAAGAAAUGUCUAGCUUGGGUAUAAUAGCAGAAUGAAGAAAGCAAUAGGUAGAGCUGAGGAAAGCUCAUAUGAGGUUCAGCAUUUUAUUUUUAAACAUCUCUUCUGGAUGGUCCUUUAAACUGUGGGAAGUACAUUUUGGGGACAAAAACUUGUGUUAGUAGAGACACACAGUGGUGUCAGAAGGAUAUAAUGUUUGUGCUGGAACCUCUUUCUUGACAGUUAUAUUUUGAAGUGGUGAUGCAGGAAUGAAAUAAAGCUAGACGGAAAGAGGGUUACUGGAUGCAGUCUGGUUACAUGCUAUGGAACUUAACAAUGAUCCUACAUGGAAAAGAAAAAAGGAGCAAGGUGCUCAGUUGCAAGCUCUGCUAUGCUGCAACUCAAAAUGCAGCCAUUGCCUUUCAAUUGAGGUGAAUAGGAGGAGGCUGGCUCCUUUUUGUGUGUGUUCAAAAUUGUCUGUCUAUGGCAGCAGUUCUGAACUUGUGGGUCCUCAGGUGUUUUGGCCUACAACUCCCAGAAAUCCCAGCCAGUUUACCAGCUGUUAGGAUUUCUGGGAGUUGAAGGCCUAAACAUCUGGGAACCCACAGAUUGAGAAUCACUGGUCUAUGGCUUUCUUGGCAACACUAGGUUGCCUUUUGCCUAAAUUAGGCAAAGUGUCUUCCUGAUGUUGAACUAGUAAUUGCUAUCAUCCUUGUGUCACCUCAGGCCAACAAGAAGUAAAGUCCCAACAGUAUCAGCAGGGCCAUACAAUGCCACUCCUGGCUUAAAGCCCGGUGUAUCGGGGUUCUCUAAAUGUUUUCAGAUGUUUCUCCUUCUUUUGUUGAGGAGGCUUUGGAACUGGUUUUUGAGAAAAAGGCAGAUCCUUGCACCUGAUAACUCUUUUUGUCUGAAUACAAGCAGCAUAGCUAUGAGUGCUUCCUCUGUUUCCAUGUUCGACAGUAUGAAGCAGGAAAAAUCUGGCAUCCUACUUCAAGGCAGCUGGGAAUCCAAAGGGCUACUGGGGGCAGAGGUGGAACAUUUGGUCCCUGAAGAAAACAAACAUGCACACAUACACAGAUAGACACCCUGAAAUGAAACAGAGGGCUGGGCAGCACAGAGCUUGUGACCAAUCCCUACUGAAACAUAUAAUAUUUUGUGCUUUGGAAAGGCUUUGUAUGAGUCUGAAACUAGUGUAAUUCCAGCCAUAAUGAUUGGUGCCCAUCCUUCAGUUGCCAUAGAGUCUAUGGCAGAGAAGCCCAAACUCAGAGUCUGGCAGUGUUGAGUUAAAUCUAACAAUAAAAUAAUUGAUAAUUGGUCCUUUCCCUAUUUUAGUAUAAUAAGUAAUGUUUUCUAGUUACUAUAUUGUUACUGCUAAAAGUGCCCUUUAAAAGUAUGCUUUCUUCCCAACUUUUGUGCUGUUCUUAUCCUAAGAUGUUUCCCUCCCAAGUAACAAGUGAUUAAUGGCAAUGAAUUAUGCUUUAAACACGGCAACAAGUAAUGACAAUGUAUUGCCAUUUAAAAACAACACUGCAACAAAUAACGGAAUCAACUUCUUUGAUGAAAAUUUCUUCCCGAGUUUGGGCUGGCUUGAUUUCAACCCAAAGCCCAUCCUCAUAAGCCUAGGAACAUCUCUGCACUGAUCUUUUUUAUUUUUUAAAGCUUGCAUGUGUUCUGUGUCGUGGUGGUCUUCCUUUUUGAAAAACUUUUUUUCAGAAAAAAAUCUGAUGUGACUUUUUUCCUGGGGCCUAAAGUGCCUAUAAAAUGUAGAUUUGCCUCCGGUAGUUACAAAGUGACUAAAAUAUUUUAUGCUGCUUCUAGUGUAGGUCUAAGCAGAUUUUGAGUUCACGGAAAGGGGGAGAAAAUGCUUAUGAAGUGUUCACGACAGUAGUCCCCCUCUAAAAUAAUAUCAAAUAACCAGGCUAGUGAAAGUAUAUGUUUUGAGCACAGCCAUUAGGUUUUGUAUAUUACUUUGUUAAUGAAUUGUCAUUGCUAACCUAUUGCUCCAACCCAGUGUUUCCCAAAUGAUGGUUUUCCAGAUGUUUUGGAUUUUAGCUCCCAGUGUGUUUGACUGUUAGCCAAUUUGGCUGGGGCUCCUGAGAGUUCAAGUCCAGAACGGCUGAAAGACCCAAAUUUGGGAAUCGCUGUAUUUGGGUCGCCAGAGGUUGCUGUUUCCUUUUUCAUACUGUGGCUGUUAUAUGUUGCUGAUCCUCCCUAUUUAGCUAUCCUAAAUUAACUCAUUUCAUCACAAUCAUUGGUAGGAUCAAGACUGCCUGUUAGUUUUGAAAAGGAGAUCCAUGCAAAGUUGGCCACCUCCGCCUUGUCUUUUUCUGAGGGUCACAGAUAGACAUCUGUUGCAUCUACAUUGAAAGAGGUGACUAACUCAUAUUGUAGUAAACUUUUCUUAAUGUGUGCUGCUGAGUGGGAGGAGUGAAAGCAAGAGGAGGAACUGGCAUCCCUGCUUAUGGUUUGGGAAGGCAGAGAACAUUCUUGAUUUCUUUGCUGCAAUUGCUGAUAUCUUAUUGCAAUUAAUUAUGAAAACAGAUUGACACAUUGUCUUCAUAGUUUGGAGGCUGAUGACACGAGAUAGGUUGCAGCAUGUAUUAUUUCGCUUCAGUGCAGGGAGAACGUGGGAGAACUUAGAGAUUGAUUUUGAUUUGUGUUGUGUUUGGGAAUAAACCCUGGACCAAAUGGGGCAUGUGACAGGAAGGAGAGGGAUUGGAAAAAUGGGACUGAGAGAGAAAGAAUGACCAUGAUAAGUAAGAGUGAAGGACGUGUUGGCAGGUGAUGCUAGUUCCAGAAAUGCUGGUGGUUCCUCUCUGUUGUCCAUUUUAUAAGCAGAGGACUUAAAAAAGGCUUCUCCCGCUCACCAACACUUUUCCUUUGGAUGUUUCCGCCAUACAACUUCUUCUGAGUGGACAAACGCAUGUGGAAGGCCUUGAUGAUGGAUGCUAUUCAAUGAGCAUUCCUUCAUGAUGGAGGCUUGUGGUUGGGUGAAUCUCUCCCAUGAUUUUGGAGCAGCUCACUCUCACCUCCAUUAUAAAAUGGCUGUUAAUGUAUGGACUGGGGUAAAAGCAGACAGACAGGAUUUGGUGGUGGCAGGGUCAUGAUUUUUCCAUAUUUUUUUUAAAAAAUUAAAAAAUGAGACUACUGCUGUAUACAUAGAUAUUUACCAGCCAUAACACUGGCUGCUCGCCUCUGGAACACACACAUAUUUUAUGUGCCUCUUUCCCAUUAUCUCUCACCUUUUCUUUCAUCUCUCUGUAUGUAUUUAUAUGUAUAUAUAUGUAUAUAUGUAUAUAAUUACAAUAAAUCAUGUGUAUAGGCAAGUUCCCAAUAUUAUUCUGCAUACUCUUAGUUAUACUAUGAUAUAAGAAAACAUAAAAAGUGAUGUUGGUUGAGAAUCAAGGUCUCCUAGAACAAAAUCUUGUUACCAGCUACAUUUUUGGAAGCCAUAAAAGUUAUAGCCUUACUCCCCCUUGCCUGGCUGCCAUUUCAACAACUGGUAUUUAAUUGGUGUCCUCUCUAAAUGUGGCACUUUUAUUUAUCAUUAUGUACUUGUGUAUAACUCAAUAUUUGGACAAAAAAAAUUGAAUUAAAAAAAUGGAGUCCGUUUAUCCACAGGUCAGUGACUGUUGCUUUAUGUUGCUUCCCUUAGGUUUUCCUUGGGAGGGACUAAGCUCUCACCUUAGUUUGUCCCAGGAAAACCCAAAAGAAGCACCAAACUCCAUCCACGUGUUACCAUUUUCUUGCUCCUUGACAGCCCCGGAGGGUGUAUGUCUUGCAUCCCACCACCUGCCUCAGGGACCUGUUGUUGCAAUGAUUUAGUGAGCAGGAAGUGGUCAGUGUCAUUGCCCUGAUGGCCAUCCAUGCCUUGCUGUCCCAUCAGCAGGGCUAUUUCGCCCAUGCAGCUGCCUUUUACCAUUGCCACUAGCUGCAAAGUGGUAACAGUGAAGAAGGACGGAGCUGUUGCCUGCUAUUGUGCCCUUUCCCAGUUGCCCAUCUUAAAUACCCCUCCCAGCCCUAUGUAUUCUCUUUGACUAAGAGGGUAACCUCAGCUCUGUCAAACUUAGUGGGUCAGAGUCAUCAAGCCUGGGUUUGGACAGGUGCCUCCCUAUUUUUAGCUGCCUCUCACUCUCUGAUGACUAAGAAUGGAGGAGAAAGGAAGAUGAAGUGGGGAUCGGUGUCAGGGAGAAAGAAAACAGGGUUCAUCCCAAAUCUUCAUGGGAAAUCCUUUUCCUUGGAGUGAUCCCUCAAGAUGGGCAGCUAUUCCCCGCCCCCAUCCUCCUGCUUUUCCAGUGUCUUCUCACCAGGAUUACAUAGAGGAGCCCCCAGUGAUGCAGUGGGUUAAACCCUUGUGCCAGCAGGACUGAUGACUUGGGUUGUUGACCUGAAGGUUGCCGGUUCGAAUCCAACCCGGAUGAGCUCCCGCUGUCAGCUCCAGCUCCCCGUGUGGGGACAUGUGAAGAACCUCCCACAAGGAUGAUAAAAACAUCAAAAAACAUCCGGGCGUUCCCUGGGCAAUGUCCUUGCAGACAGCCAAUUCUCUCACACCAUAAGCGACUUGCAUUUUCUCAAGUCGCUCCUGACACAAAAACAAAAACCAGGAAUACAAAUCACAAGUGUCCCCAGAAGCUAGCCAAGACCCUUGAAUUUGAACUCUUCACCAGAAAUAAAGAAAGACCUUUACUUAUGGUAUACAGGUUGAGCCUCCCUCAUCCAAAAUACUUUGGACCAGAACUAUUUUAUGUUCUUUUGGAUUUUGGAUUACCUGUAUUUGCAAAUACAUAGUGAAUGAGGGAUGUGGGAAAGGGAGCUAGUUAUAUGUUUUGCACCCCCUGAGCUUUUUCCCAAGGGGCCCUUGCUCCACCACUGUCAGACAUUUGACUCGGGAAAGAGAAUGGGAAGAGGACUCAGACUUCCUAGGCACUUUCCCUGCUGUCAACAUAUUGCCUGUCCCUUUUGCAAAGUAGCCCUCAUAGCUGGGAAGGGAGGAAACAGUUGUGCGAAUUGAUGCUUCACUUGACUGUCUUUAGGUCUCUACUCACCUGUAGCUUUGGUUAAUGGGUGAAGUUGUCAAAUGAGGCCACUCCUUGGGGCAGGGAGGAGAAAUGUGGAGCUGCCUUGUUUAGUGUUAAACCAUGAACCCAUCUAAUUCUGUACUAUUUAUGGCAGCCAUUUCUAGCUUGCUGCCCUCUAGUUGUGUUGGAUUUCAACUUCUACCAGUCCCACACCCCAUGGCUGUUAUUUCUUUCCGAGGGAGAACAUAAAAGCACUGUGCUUGAUGACAGAGCUAUUGUUGAAGGCAAGGCUGGACACAUAUCUUACUUUACUGUCAGUAGAAGUCAUCUUUACGUAUUAAUAUGAAUUUUAAAUGGGGAAAAGGUAGCUGGAGAAGGAAUUAAAAGCUACUUAUAGUAUAGAGAGAUAGGCCUUUCCUUUGGUUUAAGAAAUUAUGCUGAUCAUAAUGCAAGGGAGGGGUGCAGUAUGAAGCAAUAUUAAAUUUGUUUUUGGAAGCGAUUUGAAACAGUUGAAUUGGAAAGAUAGGAUGUAUCUAAUACAGUGUUAGAGACUGUCAGCGCCAGUCUCAAACACAGGAAGGGAAUAGAAAGGAGACAGAAGUUUUAAUCCACAAUCCCACAGAAUAUGGGCAACCGUCAUUUUAAGAUCCUAGAGAAGUUUACUACUAAUUUGGGCAUACCAGGGGUAGGGAGAAGUUGGCCCUCCAAUUGGGUUGGAUAACAAUUCCUGCAAUCUCUAAGUAUUGGCUCUUCUGUCUGGUGCUCCAAGGAGCUGAAGCACAAAGUAUCUGAAGACCCAAGGGUUCCUCACACCAUGGAGCAUCCCAGCCCUUAGUAGCAAGUACGUUUCAGCAUAGAAGGUGGCAUUCUCAUGGCAGCUGUAACUGGUGCUUCCAAAAAUGAUAAUUCUCCAGAGGAGAUCCUUUAUCUGUUCAGUGAACACCCUCCUUAAUGUUAUUCCCCACUUCCUUUUUUUUGUUUAUGUGCAUAAUACUUUGUAAAUAACUUGAUAAUAAAAACUUUGGCAGGGAAUGGGUAGACAAAAACUUUUCUGAUCUCAAAGAUUAGCAUUCAAAUGUGCUGAAAACAUCAGUUUAUUAAAACAUACCUUGUUAAGCAGCAUAACCUUAUCUCAGCCCAAUCUGUAGAAUUUCAGUUAGAUGAUCUAUGUAACACAUACUUUUGGGGCAGAUUCCUCAACGUACUCCAUUCACAUUCUGUCCCCCAGACAUUCAUGUAGUAUACAUGCCUAUACUUAAAUGUGAUAAGAGCAACAUAUUUUACAAAAUGUAAUCUGGGAAUAAAUAUUGUGUUGGCAGUAUCUGUAUGUUGCACAUACAUUUACGUAUUUGAGGUCCAGGAUUGGCUGGGGCUUCCUGUGAGAUAUGAGUUUAAAAGUAAGCCCACUUUUUCUCUAGGAAAUGUGAGGAUUUCUCAGAAGGGAAAUUUUGUGGGGGUGAGGACUUGAGCACAAAUGGCAAGAAUAGGGAAAGAGUUAAGACAAGUCUAGCUCUCAAUAAAUGCUGCUUUAAAAAUUGCUAUUUAUGACUGACACAAGAAUCAAGGAAAAGUAGCCCUGAGAAGAUCCUCUGAUUUGAAAACUUCCUAAGUAUCUAAAAAUUGAUUGUUGUAAAAGACAGAAAUAAUAUCUACUACUACAAGAUCCUACAGUUAAACUAUGCAUCUCUUCAUCCCCUAGAUUGAAAUGAUUCACUAUGUUUCCCUUCUGUAUUUAUUGUUUCAACCAUUCUGUCAUUACAACUGUCUUAACAUGUAAAUAAAAGAAUCAUGUAUAGCA